AUGACUCGUCUUAAUCCUAAGCGACGAUUAAUUGAAAUAUACGGAUUGGAUGCAGGAAAAUUCCUUCAAAAUAUGAUAUCUAAUAAUAUUCCAUCAGAAGGACCUGGCAGUGGCGUUUUUUCUGGUUUUUUCUUGCCACAAGGACGAAUUUUAUGUGAUGCUUUUAUAUAUUCAAUAGCACAUAAUUCUGUAUGGAGGAAAAGUAGAAGUAUAUCAGAAAAUAAGAAUUAUCAAGCCUUUUUUAUUGAAUGUGAUGUACGUAGUGUUGAAAAUCUACUUAAUCACUUAAAACAUUACAAACUUCGUUCAAGAGUGUCCUUGGAAUUAGUAGAUAAUGAUGAAUGGAGUAUUUGGUCAUCAUGGGGUAUAGACGAGAAGAAUGAUUGUAAAAUAAAAGAAUCAAUUGGUUGUUAUGAUUAUCGAGCACCAGGAAUGGGGAGAAGAGAUAUUCUACCAUACAAUAUUAAACCGACAUUUGAAUUAGAUGAAGUGCCCUUAGAAAAUUAUAGAAUAAAGAGAUACCUUUUAGGUGUUCCAGAAGGGCCAGAUGAUAUUUUUGAAAAUAAAGCAUUUCCUAUAGAAAGUUGUUUGGAUUACAUGGGAGGAAUUAAUUUUUACAAAGGAUGUUAUAUUGGUCAAGAACUUACAACAAGAAUUUAUCAUGCAGGUGUUGUAAGAAAACGAAUUGUUCCUAUUUCAUUUUAUAAUCCAAACGAUUCACCACCAUCUAUACUUAAAUAUAUUCCAUCUCUAAAGUUUUAUUUCCCUGUACAAGCCACUAAUAUUGUAAGAGAGGAUUCUACAGAAAAAAAUGUGGGUAAAUUUUGUUCAGGAAUUGGUAAUAUUGGAUUAGGACUUAUGCGUCUUGAUAGUGUGUUCAAUCAAUCUGAACAACAUAAAUAUAUUAUUCAUCACACAGAUCAAGAUAAUAAUAAUCAUAUUAUUGGUGUUAAAGCAUUUCAUCCAUGGUGGUGGUCUGAAAAACAUAUCAACCCAUAA